AAAUUCAAGAUCAAAAUACAUAGCUGACCCACCUAGAUUUCUCAUAUCUCUAGUUCUAUAUCAAUUUGGCAGAAUAAUAUUCAUUUGGAAAAUUGGGUGCAGGAUAAUUUGUACUCCUAUAGUUUUUUUUGCCCCCUUUCCCUUUGCUAUAUGUGUUUUACUUGAAAUUAAUAUGAAAAAGUUUGUUCGCCGUCCGUUUUCCUUUUUUUAUUUAUAAUUUUUACUUUGAUUACAUUUACAUAUUUCAUAGGGGUGAUUUUGAAUUUCUGUUUUGUUAGAGAAUUUUACAGUCAUUGUAUCUUAACUUUCUUACCCCUUGAAUGUAAUUUGAUGCUUGAAACAUCGUGUAUCCAUUUAGAAUGCUAGUGUUGCCGAGCAUUCGAGGAAUGCAUCAGAUAGAAAGACAGAUAUAGUUUUUGUAUUUUUCUCUUGAAAGUGCUACUAAUGUUUUGAAUGGUACUUGUGUGCCUAUGGGCUUCCUAAACCUCCAAAAGGUGCUAUGGUGCUCCUUUUGAAAUCUCUCACUUUUCUUUUUAUUGUUUCUCCUGUUGAGAGGCUCUAGAUCAGUGCACAAUGCAUGCUAGAAAACAUUACAUUUAUGUUUGGAAAACUAGGAGAGAGGAAAAGAAAGAAGAGUAGUAUCCUUCCUUUUUGUUUUGAUAGUUUAUGAGACAAAAGAAAAGGAAGGAGUGGGGCAAAAGAAAAAAAAAAAAAGAUAAUAAAUUUGUGUUUUGUGAAUGAGAGGGGCAAAACAGGCACUUACUAAUCCUCAUUUCUUUUCUCCCCAAUCUCUCCAAAUUCAAAAAGUGGCUCUUAAGUGAUUUUGGUUUCUCUUCAUUUUCCUCCUGGUAACCUAUCCAAACAAGUGAUUGGGCAGCAAUAUGAGAGAGUUGCUUUUAUUUUCCUUUAUCUCCAAAAAAAAAAAAAAAAAAAAACUCAUGGUGAACCAUAAUUCAGCUGAAUUUUAAGAAGUUUGUUACACUAUAGAACAGGUUGCUUGAAUAGAUAAUUGUUAUCUGUUUACAAAAUGGGUAAUUGCUUUAUGAUUGACAAACCCUUCAUAUUUUCAUGAUUCGCUUCGUUAUGUAUUCCCAUAGUUAGCUACUUUAGUAUUCUUUUGAUUGCUGUAGUCAACUGUGGAAAAUAUUAUUAAUUUCAUGAAAUGUAUGAAUGUGUUCGUUCUUGCUGGUAAUUGCAAUUCCAACUGAAUACUUAAUUAUUAGGAUAACAGUUCACAAAUUUGAGGCCCGUUUUCAAAGAUUGUAAUGCAUUUUCUUCACCUCUUAUUACGGGAGCAUGCACUUGAAUAUCACUGUUGGCUUAUACUUCCCAGAUUCACAAAUCUUCAAUUGAAUUAUGCGUUCUUUCUUGGGCUGCUUUCGGUUGAAGAAAGCUGUACAUAAACCGGGGUCUGGAGAUCAUGCCAUUCUUGCUUCUGAAACAACUUUUACUGUAAAUGAAGUAGAGGCUUUGCAUGAUCUAUACAACAAACUAAGCAGUUCUAUAAUUGACGACGGUCUUAUUCACAAGGAAGAGUUCCAACUUGCACUCUUCGACAACGGCAGCAAGCAAAGUCUCUUGGCAGACAGAUUAUUCGAUUUGUUUGACCUUAAGCAGAAUGGAGUUAUUGAAUUUGGAGAAUUUGUUAGAUCAUUAAGCAUCUUCCACCCAAAUGCUCCUGAAGCAGAAAAAGUUGCAUUUGUAUUCAGAUUGUAUGAUCUAAGGUGCACUGGCUACAUAGAGCGUGAUGAGUUGAAGGAGUUGGUAUUGGCUCUUCUGAACGAAUUGGAUUUGACACUUUCUAAUGAUGCGGUUGAAGCAAUUGUUGAUAAGACAAUCAUGGAAGCAGAUUUGAAAGGAGAUGGGAGGAUUGAUCCAGAAGAGUGGAAGGAAUUGGUAGCAAGGCAUCCAUCUAUAUUAAAAAACAUGACUGUUCCAUAUUUGACGGAAAUAACACUGGCAUUUCCAAGCUUUGUGCUGAACACUGGAGUCCAAGACUCAGAACUAUAGCUUCCUGGAAAUGAAACUACUUUUGCAUACAUAGAUACAAGUCACUAACUCUGGUUUUGAGAAGCACUGAACACAUCAAGGAAUUUCCAUAUGGAGAUUUCUGUAUAAUGUUUUCACUUGAAGAAAGUGGCACAAUAAAAGACUGUCAAGAGCCAAAGGUUCACUUACAUAUGGUUUUUUGAUAUAGUUUUCUGUGUCUGUUUCAUUGUUGCCAAUGUAUGAACAAAGACUAAUUCUAUGUUACACACUAAUUCUAUGUUACACACAUUUAAUUUUAAGUCUUGUGGUCUAAGAUUAUGAAUUAUGACAGCUUUGCUGGAAUUGUCCAUAAAUUCAGUGGUUUUUUUUUUUGUU